CAACGGACCAUCAGCGAAUCAGAAGAACCCGAAUGAACAGCAGAGAGUAAGAUCGAAAGGAUCAAGUGUGCGGUCUGGGUAAAAAUAUAUACAGCUAAAUACCAAACAUUUCAGAUCUAGUUUCGUUGAUCUCGGCACUCGGAGCUCACCCAUCCCUCCCCAGCGGUCUCAUUCAAGCAUCUCAAUCCCAACAGUUAAGAAAUGGAGAAAUCUUGUUCUCUGCUCGUUCACUUUGACAAAGGAACACCUGCAAUUGCAAAUGAGAUUAAGGAAGCUCUUGAAGGCAAUGACAUGCCUGCCAAAAUUGAUGCGAUGAUGAAAGCGAUCAUGCUUUUGUUGAAUGGUGAAACACUACCUCAGCUUUUUAUUACAAUUAUUAGAUAUGUUUUGCCCUCAGAGGACCAUACAAUCCAAAAGCUUCUUCUGCUAUAUUUGGAGAUCAUUGAAAAAACUGAUGCAAAGGGUAGGGUGUUACCUGAAAUGAUCUUGAUAUGCCAAAAUUUGAGGAACAACCUUCAGCACCCAAAUGAGUAUAUUCGUGGUGUUACAUUGAGGUUUCUUUGCCGCUUGAAAGAGACUGAAAUAAUUGAGCCACUGAUCCCUUCUGUUUUACAAAAUUUGGAGCACCGACACCCAUUUAUAAGAAGGAAUGCCAUAUUAGCUGUGAUGUCGAUAUAUAAGCUUCCUCAGGGUGAGCAAAUUUUAGGUGAUGCACCUGAUAUGAUUGAGAAGGUUCUUUUGACAGAGCAGGACCAAUCAGCUAAGCGGAAUGCAUUUCUCAUGCUUUUCAAUUGUGCCCAAGAUCGUGCAAUUAAUUACCUUUUGACCCAUGUUGAGAGGGUUUCUGAAUGGGGUGAUAUGCUUCAGAUGGUUGUGCUGGAGUUGAUCCGAAAAGUGUGCAGAACUAAUCGAGGUGAGAAGGGAAAGUACAUUAAAAUUAUUAUAUCCUUACUGAAUGUGCCUUCCACUGCGGUUAUCUAUGAAUGUGCCGGGACACUUGUCUCUCUGUCAUCUGCUCCGACUGCUAUUAGAGCUGCUGCAAACACUUACUGUCAGCUUCUUCUUUCUCAAAGUGACAACAAUGUGAAGCUUAUUGUGCUUGAUCGGUUGAAUGAGCUCAAGUCUUCUCAUAGGGAUAUUUUGGUUGACCUUAUAAUGGAUGUUCUAAGGGCACUUUCUAGCCCGAAUCUUGACAUCCGUAGGAAGACACUGGAUAUUGUUCUUGAUCUUAUUACUCCACGGAACAUCAAUGAGGUUGUUCUUACCUUGAAGAAAGAAGUUGUUAAAACUCAGAGUGGAGAGCUCGAGAAGAAUGGUGAAUACAGGCAGAUGCUUAUUCAGGCCAUUCAUUCUUGCGCAAUUAAGUUCCCAGAAGUUGCAAGCACAGUGGUACACCUAUUGAUGGAUUUCUUGGGUGACAGCAAUGUUGGCUCAGCUGUUGAUGUCAUUGUUUUUGUUCGAGAGAUAAUUGAAACCAACCCUAAACUUAGGGUUUCAAUAAUAACAAGGCUGUUGGAUACUUUCUACCAGAUCCGAUCUGCACGUGUCUGUUCCUGUGCUCUUUGGAUCAUUGGAGAGUAUUGCCUGUCGCUUUCUGAAGUCGGAAGUGGCAUUGCAACCAUUAAACAGUGCCUUGGAGAGUUACCUUUCUACUCUGUUUCAGAAGAAGAGGAAGCUACCGAAUCUUCUAAGAAGGAUAAGCAAGUGAAUUCCAUUACUCUUUCUUCCAAAAGACCAGCUAUCCUCGCUGAUGGCACAUAUGCGACCCAGAGUGCAGCCUCUGAAACUGCUUUUUCUCCUCCUACACUUGUUCAAGGAUCCUUGACAUCUGGGAAUCUUAGAACCCUGCUUCUCACUGGUGACUUUUUUCUUGGGGCAGUUGUGGCCUGUACACUGACUAAGCUUCUUCUGAGGUUGGAAGAGGUACAGCAAUCUAAAGUUGAAGUGAAUAAGGAAUCUACACAGGCAUUGCUGAUCAUGGUCUCUAUGCUGCAAUUAGGACAAUCUUCGGUUCUUCCUCACCCAAUCGACAAUGAUUCUUAUGAUAGAAUUGUCCUCUGCAUAAGGUUGCUUUGCAAUACUGGUGAAGAGAUCAGAAAAAUAUGGUUGCAAUCCUGUCGUCAGAGUUUUGUCCAAAUGCUCUCAGAAAAGCAACUCCAGGAAACACAAGAAAUAAAGGCGAAGGCACAGAUAUCUCAUGCUCAACCAGAUGACCUAAUUGACUUCUACCAUUUAAAGAGCAGGAAGGGUAUGAGCCAACUGGAGUUAGAAGAUGCGGUGCAAGAUGAUCUUAAGCGUGCAACUGGAGAGUUUGUAAAGGAUGGGGAUGAUGCAAAUAAACUUAACCGCAUUCUCCAACUCACUGGUUUUAGUGAUCCAGUGUAUGCUGAAGCUUAUGUGACUGUUCAUCAUUAUGAUAUUGUUCUUGAUGUUACAGUUAUCAAUCGAACUAAGGAGACCUUACAGAAUUUGUGCUUGGAGUUGGCAACUAUGGGUGACCUUAAACUUGUUGAACGUCCACAGAAUUAUACACUAGCUCCUGAAUCAAGCAAACAAAUAAAGUCCAACAUCAAAGUUUCCUCAACUGAGACUGGAGUCAUUUUCGGGAACAUAGUUUAUGAGACUUCAAAUGUACAUGAGCGAACAGUGGUUGUGCUGAAUGACAUUCAUAUAGACAUCAUGGAUUACAUCUCUCCUGCAGUUUGUGGUGAUGUAGCUUUUAGAACGAUGUGGGCAGAAUUUGAGUGGGAAAACAAGGUUGCUGUCAACACUGUAAUUCAAGAUGAGAAAGAUUUCCUUGAUCACAUUAUCAAAUCAACCAACAUGAAGUGCCUCACGGCACCGUCAGCACUGGAUGGCGAGUGUGGAUUCCUGGCAGCCAACUUGUAUGCUAAGAGUGUAUUUGGAGAGGAUGCGUUGGUGAAUGUGAGCAUAGAGAAACAGGCAGAUGGUAAGCUGAGUGGCUACAUCAGGAUAAGGAGCAAGACACAGGGGAUUGCUCUCAUUGGGGAUAAGAUUACUCUCAAGCAGAAGGGUGGAAGUUGAUUUAUGUGACAUCAUU